AUGGCUCCAAGCAUCUCAACCUUGAGUCCCAAAAGCCUCAAAAGUCCCACUAACCUCAGUUUCUCGCUCCCCAAGAGAGACAGCUCCAGACUCAGUGGAAGCGCAAAACCUCCUUCAACCACCGUCACCGAAUACAAACAGAUCCCGAUCUGGUUCAGCGUGUUCUUUGGCAAUCCUGACCCGGAAUCACCACAGCUGGACCAUGCUCGUUUCGACGCGAAAGCCUCUGAAGAGGUAUUUGAUCACCGUCAAUCCAAAGACAGUGUGGUAAAGUCUCCCAGCGCGAGUAACUUCUCCCUGCCGAACGGUUCGUCCGACGAGUUGCCGGUCUUUCGUGCUAUCGUGGCAUUGGCACUGGCCUUCACGGAUGAGAUUCUGAGCUGCGUGAGCGGUAAGCUGUGUGCAGUCUGUAAGGAGGAGCUGGCACAGACUCUUGUGCAUCGUCCUUUGUGCGCUACAAAGUCUGGAUAUGUUGAAUUGGCAGAUUUCGAGGAGAUGCACCAGUUGAUGUCGACUAUUGCAUCUCACACGGAACAUCUCAAAAGCUGCGAAGAAGUGGACUGGAGUAUUGGGAGUAUCUUGAGCGACAGGCCGUAUCUCUGUCUCUUGACUGUUCCUAUAUGCUCUUUAUAUGAAUGCCACCGGACUGCGACUCAGCGAACACAGAAUUACAUCGAAAGGAUCAUGUCGUGGUGGAACAAACCAAACGCCCUGCAGAGUGAUACCAAUCUCUCUCGCCAAAGCAACCCGAUCGCACUGAAGAGUCCAACUUCAAGCAUUGCGACUACCCGUGACGAAAGAACAACCCUUGAUGGAACCAAUGGAAACAAUACCCCACCGACGUCGGUGCAGUUGAGUGAUUCGGACAGUAACAGAUCCUACAAAAUUGCAACCACAGUCUUCGUGGGACGUCCGAGUCUGUCUAUCAAGAAAUAUCCACCACGCGGCCAAAUCAGCUGUCUUGUCCUCUCAUCCACAUGGCCUCCAUCCGUCCUCCCUGCGCCGUCGAAAAACGAAGCCGACGAUGCAAUUGAUUACUGUCGUAUCGCAGGAUUCCACGAGCAGCACGUCCUCGAAUCCGCAGAUCAUCGUUGUGCCGUCUGUCCCAAUCCAGUCCCUGCUAGAAGCCUAGUCCACCGCCCUGUCGCCUUCAUUCGAACUAGCUUCAGGGGAUUUCAAGAGACAUUUCUACGACCGCUUAUAAUGCGAUUCUCCCAGUUCAUCGACCGUCGCUGGACAUACCCCGAGAUGAACGCUGCCCUAGGCACGGAGCCCGAUUUCGACGCCCACAUCGUUGAUUUUGCCGUCCCAAUCUGCGAAAGUGGAACAAUCUGCGAAGAAGUUGCUCGCACCGCAGCCCGGGAAUUUGUCAAGCUGCUGCUCCCACCGAGUUCGCGAUUGGUCUUUCCCGGUUUAGACCCUGACACGGACCUGUCCUUGCUCGGUGAAGAAGAUUUCGAGGAUGAAUCGAUCGACUGGACACCCGGAGAGAAUCCAGAACUCUUAGUGAGGAAGAUUGGAUCAGGGAAUCUGCUGAGCGAGACCGAGGACUGGGAUGAAGAUCCCAUGGAUUGCGCCCUGACCAUAAGCAAACUGCGCCAUUGGUAUGAGCUUUGCUAUGAAGAGGAAGAAGCAAAGCGGGAGUAUCUCCGUGGAAUCGGAUACAAGCGGACUGGGGAUUGCAGCGAUUCAGAAAGUGAUGAUGUCGACUUCGACGACUCCUUGGAUUGGGUGUAUGAGGGGAAUAGAUCGCCAGAACCCUUGCCUCAAGGUGGUAACCCGGCGAAGAUACGGGAGAUGCUGGACUUAGAGCAAGAGAUGAUCGGAAAAUUGGAAAGACUGCCGAUGUUCCCGACAACUUUGAAUUUUAAUUUUUGGUUGGUCUGUGAGGAGAUGGGGAAAAAGGCCUCUUUGGGUAAGUCUGGUUUGGAGACUGGUGAACAGAAGCAGGAUAAGCAUUCUAAGAGUAGUUCUGGCGGUAAUCUUGAUGCAAAGAGGCGUGCUCGGCGGUCCUCUGGCAAGGAGCCCAAAAAGAAAUUAGAUCAUACUUAG